AACUGUGACAGAGUUGUUCUUAUUUUUACUUUGUUGGCGUGGUUUUGAGGAAAUUGCAUUUCUGCUAAUAUGAACUCGUCAACUAAGGUGCAUUACGCUCCGCAUAAAACCAAAUGUAGCGACAUAGGUUCUGUAUGGUUUCAUAUUUUGAUAGCUGACAACGGUGAGCCUACUGCAAAAUGCAAAACUUGUCAUAAAGUUUUAAAAACGAAUGGAGGUUCUACAAAAGGACUUUUAGUGCAUUUACAAACCCACAACAUUAAAUUAGGGCGGAAAAUAAAAGAAGCAGAAAGAGAUUCUCAAACAAAAUGCAAGAUACCUCACUAUUUCUCUGUUAAGAAUGAAGAUACCUUUAUGGCCGUGGUGGCAAGACUGACAGCGCUUGAUGGAUUGCCAUUUUCAAAGUUCAUAACAUCAGAAGAAUUGCGUAAAUAACUUAAGGCACGUGGCUUUAACGUACCCAAAUCUGCGGAAACCAUCAAACAACAAAUGUUGGAAUUCUUUUUCAAAUGUCGUCAAAACGUUGUAGAAGAAAUCACGGCCUUGAAAGAUAUGGGUAAAAAGUUCAGUUUGGUAUUCGACGAGUGGACAUCAACAGCUAAUAAAAGAUACCUUAAUA